AUGCAAAAAGCCGUCGAUAGUAAUCGUGGUAGUAAUGCUGGAUUAUCAAUGGAUAAUCAAGAAAAAUUACUUGCUGAUGCUUUACAAAAUGUUCGACAACAUGCAUUUGCAAUGAAACGUGUACUUGAUCAACAAUCAGUUAUGGAAGGACUUAAGCAUGCUGCUAAUAUGCUUGGUGAACUACGUACAUCACUUUUAUCACCAAAAAAUUAUUAUGAAUUACAUGUUGUCGUUGUUGAAGAACUUCAUCAUCUUGAACUUUAUCUUGCUGAUGAAUUUGAACAUGGUCGUGGUAGUCAUGAUCUUUAUGAAGUUGUUCAAUAUGCUGGAAAUAUUGUUCCAAGAUUGUAUUUAUUAAUUACAAUAGGUCAUGUUUAUAUUCGAGCAAAUGAAUUACCACGACGUGAAGUUCUUCGUGAUUUAGUUGAAAUGUGUCGAGGUGUUCAACAUCCAUUACGUGGUUUAUUUUUACGAAAUUAUUUAUUACAAUGUGUUAAAAGUUUAUUACCAGAUAAUGAAGAAGAAAAUCAAGAAGAUAGUAAAACAGGAACAAUACUUGAUUCACUUGAUUUUAUUUUAUUAAAUUUUUCUGAAAUGAAUAAACUUUGGGUACGAAUGCAAUAUCAAGGACAUACACGAGAUUUACAACGACGUGAACAAGAACGUCGAGAAUUACGAAUUUUAGUUGGAACGAAUUUAGUACGUUUAAGUGAACUUGAAUGUGUUAAUGUCGAACGAUAUAAAACUAUUGUUCUUCCAAAAAUUAUGGAACAAGUCGUUAGCUGUCGAGAUCCAAUUGCACAAGAAUAUCUAAUGGAAUGUAUUAUUCAAGUUUUCCCAGAUGAAUAUCAUUUAAAUACACUCAAUGAAUUUCUUAAAGCUUGUCGCGAAUUAAGUGCUACUGUUAACAUUCGUAAUAUUCUUAUAUCACUUAUUGAUCGUUUAACAGCAUAUUCAACACGUGAUGGUAGCCAACAAAAUAUUCCUGAAAACAUACAAUUAUUUGAUAUAUUUUCUGAACAAAUAGCUGAAGUUGUUAAAAGUCGUGUAAAUAUGCCACCAGAAGAUAUUGUUGCUUUACAAAGUGCUUUACUUAAUUUAUCAUUAAAAUGUUACCGUGAUCAAUUUGAAUAUGGAAAUAAAGUACUUGAAAAUACAAGAAAAAUAUUUGAUAAUAUUGCUUCAGACACACAAGUUCAAACAGGUACACAAGCAGCAAAAGAAUUAGUUAAAAUGCUUAAAAUUCCAAUUGAUUGUUAUGAUAUAAUUGAUGUACUUAAAUUAAAUCAUUAUAAACUUGUUUUACAAUUACUUAGUUAUCGUGAACGACAUACUGUUUGUAUGUAUAUUAUAAAUAGUAUACUUGAUAAAGAAACAGUUAUUCCAACAGCUGAACAAGUUACACAAUUAUUUGAAUUAAUAUUAACAUUAAUUAUUGAUCAAAAUGAUAGUCCAUUAGAAACAUCUCGACAAACAAUAACAAAUGAAGAUUUUGUUGAAGAACAAAAUCUUGUUGCACGUUUAUGUAAUAAUUUUAAAGCACCGAAUGAUCCUGAUCAACAAUAUCAUAUUAUUAAAAUUUGUCAAGAUACAUUUAAAAAUGGUGGUUUAGAACGUAUGCGUUUUACAUAUCCAUCAAUUAUAAUGCAAGCAUAUGCAUUAACUUUUCGAUAUAAAAAUAUACGCGAACAGGAUGAAAAAUGGGAAAAAAAAUGUCAAAAACUAUUUCAAUUAUGCAAUCAAUUAAUAAAUACAUUAACAAAAUUAGAAACAAAUGAUCUUCCAUUACGUUUAUAUUUACAAGGUGCAUUAGCAGCUAGUGAAAUUGGUUCAGAAAAUGCUGAAACAAUUGCUUAUGAAUUUUUUUCACAAGCUUAUACAUUAUAUGAAGAACAAGCAGGUGAUACACGAGCACAAUGUGCUUCAUUAACACUUUUAAUAGGUACACUAGAAAAAGUAGCAUGUUUUGGUGAAGAAAAUCAUUCAACAUUACGACAAUCAUUAACACAAGCAGCAACACGUUUAGUUAAACGACCAGAUCAAGUUCGUACAUUACUUUUAUGUACACAUCUAUUUUGGAGUGCAAAACGUUUUAAUGAAUCAACACAAAAAUCAGAAGAGGUAACAAAAAAAACAAAGAAUCUUUUAAGUUAA